AUGUCUCCACAGGUAAGCAGUAGGAUGGUGUUGGGGGAGGCGGGGGGGCACAGCUACUUGGUGGCAUGCUGGCAGCCCAUCCUGAUCCUGAUGCUGGGCACCGUCCUGUCCGGAUCCACCACCGGUUGCCCCUCGCGGUGCGACUGCAACGGUCAGGAGCGCUCGGUCGCGUGCCACCGACGGAGACUGGCGGCGCUCCCCGAGGGCAUACCCACGGAAACGAAGAUGCUGGACCUGAGCAAGAACCGCCUGAAGACUCUGGGGAACGAGGAGUUCAUCGAUUACCCUCAGCUGGAGGAGCUGCAGCUCAACGAGAACACCAUUUCGUCCAUCGAGCCCGGGGCUUUCGGCAACCUCAUGAACCUUCGAACUCUAGGUUUGCGCAACAACCAGCUCAAGCUCAUUCAGCUGGGGGUGUUCACAGGCCUGACCAACCUCACCCAGCUGGAUAUAAGCGAGAACAAAAUUGUCAUUCUGCUCGACUACAUGUUCCAGGAGCUGUACAACCUGAGGGCGCUGGAGGUGGGCGACAACGACCUCGUAUUCAUCUCACCCCGAUCAUUUCACGGCCUCAGCAACCUUGAAAGCCUCAACAUUGAGGGAUGCAAUCUGCCCUCGGUGCCCACGGAUGCCCUCAGCCAUCUGCAUAACCUGCUGUCACUUCGAUUGCGCUAUCUCAACGUCACCGUCAUGAGGGAUUACUCCUUUAAGAGGCUGUACCGGCUCAGAGUGCUGGAGAUUUCCCAAAUGCCUGCGCUGGAUACCAUGACCGGAAAAUGCUUGUUUGGGCUCAACCUCACAUCGUUGUCCAUCACAAACUGCAAUCUUACUGCCAUCCCCUACCAAGCCAUCAGUCACCUGAGAUAUCUCCGCUUUCUGAAUCUAUCGUUCAAUCCCAUUCACACCGUGGAAGGGAACAAAUUGUACAAUCUACAGAAGCUCCAAGCUUUUCAUUUGGCCGGUGGGAGGGUGGCUGACAUUGAGCCCUACUCUUUCCGAGGACUGAACCACCUCCGUGUACUCAAUGUAUCCAGCAAUAGCCUGAGCACCCUGGAGGAGUCUGUCUUCCACUCAGUGGGGAACCUGGAGACACUGGCGUUGUACGACAACCCGUUGGCCUGCGACUGUCGCUUGCUCUGGGUCUUCCGCCGGCGGUGGAGGCUCAACUUUAACAGACAGCAGCCCAUGUGCGCUUCGCCCGAGGUUGUUCAAGGAAAAGAGUUCAAGGACUUCCCAGACAUUCUCCCUUCCGACUAUUUCAUCUGCCAGAAAUCAAAGAUCAUGGAUUAUAAGGUCAAAGAGAGCCAUGUGGAUGAAGGGACUACCGUUCAUUUCACUUGCCAAGCUGAGGGUGAUCCGAUCCCUGUGAUAAUGUGGCUUUCCCCUAAGAAGGACUACAUCACGACCAAAACCGCGGGGUCAAGACUUUCUGUGUCUAGCGAGGGCACAUUGGAGGUCCGUUACGCCCAGAUCCAAGACAACGGCACCUACUUGUGCAUUGCAAGCAAUGCAGCGGGCAACGACACCAAAGCUGCUCACCUUUUUGUGCAUAGCUACUCCCCCAAUUGGCCCCACCAGCCAAACAAGACAUUUGCCUUCAUCUCCAACCAGCCCAGCGACGAAGGUGCCAAUGUGACCCGGGCCUCGGUUCCAUUUCCAUUCGACGUGAAGACCCUCAUCAUCGCAACCACCAUGGGAUUUAUCUCUUUCCUCGGAGUCGUCCUCUUCUGUCUUGUAAUAUUGUUCCUCUGGAGUCGAGCGAAACACAACGUAAAGUCAAGUAUAGAGGUUGAAUAUGUGCCGCCACGUAAAGAGGAGCCAGAGGAGGCCAGUCCAACUGAGGCACCCGUACAAUUCAACAUGAAAAUCAUGUGA